GAUAAAUCUUAGAAGUGGGGGAGAGAGGGGGAGGGUUUCGUUAGUAAUUGUGAAAUCCAGCAGUGAAGAGGUCAAGGCCCAUGUUGACAUAUCCCGAAGAUAUGAUAAAAGAUGGAUACCGAUUUUCAAAAACAAAUAAAUAUUUCGAUGUCUGCUCUAGUUGCCUUCUUUCAUCACCCGACUUGAAGAGUAUCACUUUCACAGGAUAUUUUUGGUGAAUCGUAGGAAACUUAAAGAUGCUUUGAAAAUGGAAUUUUUUGUUGAUUCUUCUCUUUUUAGCAAACUUGUUCAGGAUAUAAUCUAAACUCCAAGAUGGUUAGUCCUCUAGAUCAAGAUUUUCUUCGUUUUGUCCCCUAAUUUUAUAAUAAAGAUCCUAUGAUAUUUCAGUUAUAUGAUUCGGAUAUUGGAUUUCUUGCUAGGAUGUAUGGUUACUUCCUUGCUACCUGUUCUGUCUUCUCAUGAAGAAGCAUCUCUAAUACCGAUUUAUUACUCAGUAUUUCAUUUGUAUAUACCGUAUUCUAUGAGCUCUUCUUUUCUUUGGACUAAUUAUUGACUAAUGCGCUUUCUAGGCUUAUGCAAGAUAUAGUUCCACAAAUUAAGUUGUUUGCGGAAAACAUAAUAUUAGUUUACAACUAAGAAAAAUAUAUUUUUUGUAAGUAGAAAUGAAGAGAAGGUUCAAUUUAAUCUUUCGGCUAUCGCAAUUUGAAACAAUAACUCUCCUAUUUGAAAUGAUAGUAAUUUGGAAUUACUUCUUUCAAGAUAAGAUUAUGCAAAGGAGAGGUAUUGGUUAUACGCAAUAAAUAUUUUGCCGAGUUUCUUGCAAAUAAUAUCAUUGAGGGCUCACGUGCAAAAAAAAAAAGUUUUCCAGGAGAGACAAAAGAGCAUAGGGUUUUGAAUCCAGCAGUAACGAGGUAAGAAUUUUUUGAAAAUCUCUUGCGUUGAUAUUAAUUCUAUCUUUAAUUACUUUGAUGCUCUAAACAAUGAUUCUCUUUCUUAAGAAGAGCCUCUCUCUUGGUCCUUCACCUUGUUCAACCCCCAAAAAUGUCAUCUUUUACCUCCGAUUCUUCUUCUCAUCCCAAAACCCAGAACCCAAAUCCAAUCCCAUAUCAGUUUACUUGAUGUCUACAUUUGGGCUCUCCUCACAAAAGGCUGCCAGCUCCAGUAAACUACUCCCCAAUCGCAGAUUCCCUUCGAAUCCUGAUUCGGUCAGGCAUUUCUUCAAACACAACGGCUUCACUGAUACCAACAUCAAAUCCCUAAUCUCCAAUGACCCUGUCAUCCUCUGGGCUGAUCUGGACAGGACCCUGGUCCCCAAUCUCCAGGCCAUGCGCAGAUUGGUUGCUUUCUCUGAGCUUCGGAUAUUUGUUGUUGCAAGCCUGAGAAUCCUCACAAUCUCCCUUGCAUUCGCUCGAGUUGAGUUCUGGAAAACAUUUCUGAACAAUGACAUGAAGAAACUCCUGUUGGUCUUUGCAAAGAACCGGAGUCUAAUUGGUCGGGACAUUGAUAAGAGUAUUGCCCCAAAGAUUGCUCUUUUAAAGAGCUAUGGGCUCUCUUCCAUGGAUUUUGUAGUGCUCUUAGGUAAAGGUUCCCUUCUCAUUACGAGGAGCACGGCUUAUAUUGAGAUGUUGUUGAAGAAAGUUGAAAAGUUUGGAUUUCCACGUGGGUCUUCAACGUUCGUGCGUGGGUAGUGUCCCUUGGAAGUACCACGACUAAUAAUUUGAGGCUGAAGAUGGAAAUUUUCAAGUCCUUUGGAUGGUCGGAGAGCAUGUUUUUU